AACACAAGAUCAAUGACGACAACAAUUGAAAAGACCCCAUGAUUCUUCACAACUAAAUUAUUAUAGUAAUGUAAUGAAGCUACCAGGAAGCUCUCACUUCACUUCAAUGUGCAAGUCCAAAAGAAGCACCAUCGUGGUACCACCCAGUAUCCGAAACAGAAACCGCCAACCUCAACGAUCACGAACCUCGACACCUUCAUCGUCAACCACCAGCGAUGUCCCCAUCACAGAAUCCAGAAGCUACAUCUAUGGCGAUAAGGAAUGGUCCAAUUCAUCUUCCAUCUCAAGCCACACCUCUCUCACAAGCCUCAAACACUCCCUCCCGGAGAAUCCCCACAUCUACCACUUCUCUGAAAUCACCGCCGCCACUGUGAAUUUCUCCGGCAACCGCCUCUCCCCCUCCUCCUGGCGCUGCUCGCUACGAUCCCGCGACGUUGUUAUCUUCCAGCGCAAGCUACGCCGUCAAAUCGACCUCCCGGAUCUCCCCCACCGCCUCGCAAUCAUCUGCCGGAGCCACCACAGCAGCCUCGUGAAGCUCCUCGGAGCUUCAAUCUCCGGCAGCUACAUCUACCUCGUCUACGAGUUCACCCCCGGAGCCAGCCUCGCCGAUUGCCUCCGCAACCGGAACAAUCCUAGCUUCACCAGCCUCUCUACAUGGACGUCGAGGAUGCAGAUCGCUUCCGAUCUCGCUCACGGCCUCGACUACGUCCACAAUUUCUCCGGUUCGGGUUCGGGUUUUGUUCACAACCAUAUCAAAAGCUCAAGCAUCGUCGUCGCCGAGGAGAGUCUCGCCGCGAGGAUCUGCCAUUUCGGUACGUCGGAGCUUUGCGGCGAGGUUGUUACCGGAGAACCGUCUUCCGAACUGAGGAGAUCCGGUAGCAGGAAUGUGAGGCUGGAGGGGACGACGGGGUACAUGGCGCCGGAGUUUCAGGCUAGCGGCGUGGCGACGAUGAAGACCGACGUGUAUGCUUUCGGCGUGGUGGUUCUGGAGCUGCUGAGCGGGGAGGAGGCGGUGAGGUUUGAGUUUGGUGGUGACGGAGGGUACCGGAAGGUGUGUGUGGUGGAGACGGCGAGGGAGGCGGUGGAGGAGCACGGUGGUGGUGUGAGGUUGUGGGUGGAUAAGAGGCUGAGGGAUUCGUUUCCGGUGGAGGUGGCGGAGAAGAUGAUUCGGGUCGGGUUGGGGUGUGUGGAGGAGGAUCCGAAUGAGAGACCGGAUAUGGGUCGGGUCUCGAAUGAGGUAUCAAAGUUGUAUUUGGAGUCAAAGAAAUGGGCAGAGAAGAUGGGAACUAACAUUGACUUUUCGGUCUCGUUGGCCCCACGGUGAUAGUUCGUGGGUCAGAAUUUUUUUUAACCCAGUUAAAAUCCUUAUCAUUUAUUAUUUUUAUUUGACAAUAAAAAAGGGUGAAUGUAAUUGUAAGUACCAUAGUUUUUUCCUUAUGAAAAUCUGCAAUAUCUUGUUAAUACAUAGAAGCUCGACCAAUUGUGUAUUUUAGAAUUUGGGCUAGAAUUUGAAGGAUUCAAUGAUUCAUUGAUAUGUGUUGUAAUGGAAUUGGAUAGAGUCAUGUUCAUAUUA